CGGUAGUAGUAGUAGUUACUUAUAGUGCUAGUCCAACGCAAGCAAGCUAAACUUGAAACGCAUACUCUUUUCAUCUCUCUCUCUCUCUCUCCAAAGCAAACAGAAACAGCUACAAUCACAUGACUCGUGCCUUGAGAUAUUUAGGCGAGCGAAACUCGUCCACCGACUCCGCUGUCGUCGAUUCCGACUUCGUCGUCAUCCUCGCCGCCCUCCUCUGCGCUCUCAUCUGCGUUCUCGGCCUCGUCGCCGUCGCCCGCUGCGGCUGUCUCCGCCGCCUCCGCCUCUCCUCCUCUGCAACCACUCCCCAGUCUCCUACCUCCGCCGCCAACAAAGGCGUCAAGAAGAAGGUCCUCCGCUCCCUCCCCAAGCUCACCGCCACAGCGGAAUCGGCGGUCAAGUUUGCGGACUGCGCGAUCUGCCUCACGGAGUUCGCCGCCGGAGACGAAAUCCGAGUGCUGCCUCAGUGCGGACAUGGCUUCCACGUCAGCUGCAUCGACGCCUGGCUCAGAUCGCAUUCCUCGUGUCCGUCAUGCCGUCAGAUUCUGGUGGUUUCUCGCUGCGACAAGUGCGGCGGGAUCCCGGCUCCGGCGAGCUCCAGCUCCGAUCCGCCGCCGCCGGACUCCGAGGCCAGAUUUAAGGGAAGGGAGGACGACGCCAAUAGGUUUUUGCCUUAGCUUCUGCUUUGGGUUUAUAUUAAUUCUAAAUUCAUGAAUCCUUUUCUUUUUUUAAAAAAACAGUCUGUGGAAUAGCAUCUCGUGUGUAAUGUUAUUUUUAUAAUUCGAUUAGGGAGUAGUUAAUUAGUGUUAGAUCAUAUGGUUAGGGCUGUAAGUAGUAGCUGUAUUAUUAUUGCAUUUGUGGUCUCCCAGUACCAGGCAGGGCAAUUGUGUCAUAUCUGAUUCUCUCUGCAACUUGCAUCAGUUCAGGUGAAUUUCGUUCUUAAUUCGGAUUACGAUACUUUUUUA